UAGGAGCGGCUCUUUGCUUGCGACCACACCAUUCCCUCCUCGGUUGGAGAUUAAGCGUUCUUGUAGCGGGUAUUUUCAGUGUAUAGAUCGGAUAUUCCUGACCGAACGUUGAAMGCAAAUAGAGUUACCGCAACUGGGUCACAUCCCCUUUUAUUUUUCUUUCUAUAGCYAAUAGCUUGACUACCAUAGACUAUGGUAGAUUAUCACGCUUCUAAUAGUCAAGCAUCGUCUGGAGGUCCAGCCGUUUACAUGGACCCAAGAGAACAAGAAAAUGACUGGGACCGGGACCUGCUGCUGGACCCGGCCUGGGAGAAACAGCAGAGAAAGACGUUCACGGCCUGGUGCAACUCCCACCUGAGGAAAGCAGGCACGCAGAUCGAGAACAUCGAGGAGGACUUCAGGGAUGGCCUCAAACUCAUGCUCCUGCUGGAGGUCAUCUCAGGGGAACGGUUACCUAAGCCCGAGAGAGGCAAGAUGAGGGUCCACAAGAUCAACAACGUUAACAAAGCGCUGGACUACAUUGCCAGCAAGGGGGUCAAGCUGGUGUCCAUCGGCGCAGAGGAAAUUGUGGAUGGCAACGCCAAGAUGACCCUGGGAAUGAUCUGGACAAUCAUCCUCCGUUUCGCCAUCCAGGACAUCUCUGUGGAAGAGACCUCUGCCAAGGAGGGCCUGCUCUUGUGGUGCCAGAGGAAGACCGCGCCCUACAAAAACGUCAACGUGCAGAACUUCCACAUCAGCUGGAAGGAUGGYCUUGCCUUCAACGCUCUGAUCCACAGACACAGGCCAGAGCUCAUUGACUACGACAAGCUAAGGAAGAUCGUGGGCACGCUGAGGCCCGACGAGAAGGCCAUCAUGACCUAUGUCUCCUGCUUCUAUCACGCCUUCUCUGGCGCCCAGAAGGCUGAGACUGCAGCCAAUAGGAUCUGCAAGGUGCUGGCUGUCAACCAGGAGAAUGAGCACCUCAUGGAGGACUACGAGAAGCUGGCUAGUGACCUGUUGGACUGGAUCCGCCGGACCAUCCCGUGGCUGGAGAACCGGGCUCCAGAGAAGACCAUGGCCGAGAUGCAGCAGAAGCUGGAGGACUUCCGGGGCUACCGCCGCGUCCACAAGCCCCCCAAGGUGCAGGAGAAGUGUCAGCUGGAGAUCAACUUCAACACCCUGCAGACCAAGCUGAGGCUGAGCAACAGGCCCGCCUUCAUGCCCUCCGAGGGACGCAUGGUGUCGGAUAUCAACGGGUCAUGGCACAACCUGGAGGGGGCGGAGAAGGGCUACGAGGAGUGGAUGCUCAACGAGAUUCGUCGCCUGGAGAGACUCGACCACCUGGCCGAGAAGUUCCGUCAGAAAGCCACCAUCCACGAGUCCUGGACCGAUGGUAAGGAGGCCAUGCUGACCCAGAAGGACUAUGAGACAGCCAGCCUGUCGGAGGUCAAGGCUCUGCUGAGGAAACACGAGGCGUUUGAGUCUGACCUGGCCGCCCACCAGGACCGCGUGGAGCAGAUCGCUGCCAUCGCACAGGAACUCAAUGAGCUGGACUAYUACGACUCCCCCAGGGUGAACGCCCGCUGUCAGAAGAUCUGUGAGCAGUGGGAUGCCCUGGGGUCUCUCACCCAGAGCCGCAGGGAGUCUCUGGAGAGGACAGAGAAGCAGCUGGAGUCCAUUGACGAGCUGUACCUGGAGUACGCCAAGAGGGCGGCACCCUUCAACAACUGGAUGGAGGGGGCCAUGGAGGACCUGCAGGACAUGUUCAUCGUUCACAACAUCGAGGAGAUCCAGGGCCUCAUCACAGCCCAUGAGCAGUUCAAAUCUACCCUCCCCGAGGCCAACAAGGAGCGGGAGGCCAUCCAGGCUAUUCAGGCGGAGGUGCAGAAGAUUGCCCAGUACAACGGCAUCAAGCUGAGCGGGGGCAACCCCUACACCACCAUCACACCCAAGACUAUCGACAACAAGUGGGACAAGGUGGAACAGCUGGUUCCCCAGCGUGACCAGGCCCUGCAGGAGGAGCUGGCCAAGCAGCAGUCCAAUGACCACCUGCGCCGCAAGUUUGCCACCCAGGCCAACAUCGUCGGGCCCUGGAUACAGACCAAAAUGGAGGAGAUUGGACGGAUAUCCAUUGAGAUGAAUGGAACUCUGGAGGACCAGCUGGUGAACCUGAGAGAGUAUGAGCAGAGCAUCAUAGAGUACAAGCCCAACAUUGACCAGCUGGAGGGAGACCAUCAGCUCAUCCAGGAGGCCCUCAUCUUUGACAAUAAAUACACCGCCUACACCAUGGAGCACCUGCGGGUGGGCUGGGAGCAGCUCCUCACCACCAUCGCCCGCACCAUCAACGAGAUCGAGAACCAGAUCCUGACCCGCGACGCCAAGGGCAUCAGCCAGGAGCAGCUGCAUGAGUACCGCACUUCCUUCAACCACUUUGACAAGGACCACAGCGGGGGCCUGAUGGCUGAGGAGUUCAAGGCGUGCCUGAUCAGCCUGGGCUACGAUGUGGAGAAUAACAAAACGAAGCGCACAGGGCAGAUGGACAUGGACAAUUACCGCGCUCUGCUCGUUGCCACUGGAAACAGCCUGGGCGAUGCUGAGUUUGCCCGCAUCAUGGKCAUAGUGGACCCCAACAACAGCGGCGUGGUCACCUUCCAGGCCUUCAUAGACUUCAUGUCCCGGGAGACCACGGACACCGACACAGCCGACCAGGUCAUCGCCUCCUUCAAGAUCCUGGCUGCAGACAAGAACUUCAUUAUGGCUGAGGAGCUGAGACGUGAGCUGCCUCCAGACCAGGCGGAGUACUGCAUCGCCCGCAUGGCGCCCUACUCAGGCCCCGACGCGAAGCCCGGAGCCCUCGACUACAUGUCCUUCUCCACCGCCCUCUACGGGGAGAGUGACCUCUAGGAGCACACCACAGGGGGGAGGGAUGGGGACGGGAUGAGGUUUGGGGUGGAAGGGGGGUACAUAGAGGCUUGCCAGGCCCAAUGCAGAGCAGACACUCUCCACCCCUCUAGAUAUAGCCUGCAGUUACUGAGAGCAGUAGGAGGAGAGAAGAGGGGAGUGAGUCUGCAGCCAGUGGAUUGAUUGGCUCUGUAGAAGAGGGAGGGGCUGCAUGUGGAGAGUCCUGGGAAGUGAUUGGUGGACAGCUCUACUGCUCCCUCUAAGUUCUGGUCCUGCAGUGCCCCUGAGUGUGCAGGUUUUCAUCUCAAACUGGUUGGCUGUCGCAACCUGUUAUCCUCAACUUACUUUGUUCACAGAUCAACUACAAUCAAAUGCACAUCAUGUUAUGGGGUG